GGGUCACAUGACUCGCCGUUGAGCGCCUUCAUUCUGCUCUGAAGGGACGUAGCCGUGCGUCCUGCGGGAGAUACUCCGAAACUUACGCAUCGCGCCGUCAGUGUUGCGUUUUCUCCUGUUUCAGUGAGUCAGAUAAGAGCUGCUCAGCUGGUUGUGCUCGGGGAGAGCCCCGCUGAAGCGAUCAAACAUGCCGGUCCGUACCGACCGCCGCCAGGGCCCGUGGUUGGCCUUCACGGCCUCGGCCUCUCUCGUGCCGCCCCCGCCGAUCAACACCCUCCAGCCCGGCGUCAGCACCUCGCUGCUCUACAGCGGCUCCCAGUUCCGCGGCUACCAGAAGAGCAAAGGAAACUCGUAUGAUGUCGAGGUGGUUCUGCAGCACGUGACCACGGAGGACUCGUACCUGUGCGGAUACCUCAAGAUCAAAGGCCUGACAGAGGAAUAUCCCACACUCACUACCUUCUUCGCUGGAGAGAUCAUAAGCAAGAAAAGGCCUUUUUUAACCAGGAAAUGGGACGCGGAUGAGGAUGUCGACCGAAAACACUGGGGGAAGUUCCAAGCAUUUUAUCGGUACGCGAAAAGCUUUAAUUCGGAUGAUUUCGACUAUGAAGAACUAAAGAAUAGCGAUUACGUCUUCAUGCGGUGGAAGGAGCAGUUCCUAGUUCCAGAUCACACAAUCAAAGACAUCAGCGGUGCUUCCUUCGCUGGCUUCUACUACAUCUGUUUCCAGAAGUCUACAGCCACCAUCGAGGGCUACUACUACCACAGAAGCUCUGAAUGGUAUCAGUCUCUGAACCUCACACACGUCCCUGAACACAGCGCACCCAUCUACGAGUUCAGAUGACACUGACGUCCUGGAGGAGAAUCUACAGCGGACCGAGGAACUGGACACGAGCGAACGAGAGGAACUGUCUUUAACGAUUACGCCCAGGACUCGACUGUCCUCUCCCCUCGGUGAAAGAAUUAAACAGAGGUACAGAUGACGGAGAACUCUUUCAGGAGACGGUCUACACAAGUCGAGCAAGCGAGCGGGAUUCGGGGAUUCGCAGCAGUGUUUUGGGUUUCCUUUUAAGUUUCAGAGUUUUUAACGCUUCUGUCCUUCGAUCAUCUUAGAAAACUAUUUUUAUCCUUAAGAUUUGGGGAUUAAAACCACAGUUUUUCUUUGUCCUGGAUCGAAGAGCCAAUUCUCUAUUUUUUUUUUUCUUUGCUUGUAAUUUGAUAAAACAGCAUGGCCAAUCGAGAAGUUUUAAUUUAUUUUUUAAUCAUUGUCUGUGGAAUCGAGGACUGUGGAAAUGACUGUGAGUGCAACGGUGUAUACAGACGCUGGGAUGUCCUUCGAAGACGUAUCAAAGAUCCGGUGUGUGUGUUAUGAUGAAUACAUAGAGUUGCAAUUGUCUGUGGCUUGCUUGGGCCUCAGACGUUGUUUUUUUAUUAACGUAAGGUGUAUCAUCAAAA